GUUUCCUAAAAUGUACAGUUGCGAUCAUAUUACAAGCCCGGGCGCCGAGAUAUAACUUUUGAGUUUGAUACUUCGCAUAAAUAUUGGCCUACUUCCCUAUUGUUUGAACUGAACUUUUAUUAAAUGAACCACAAAUUCACGUCAAGUUCUUCUUCUCAUCUACUGUAGAGAAUGGCAGAUAAACAGCUCUUCCGUGCGAGGAGGGAGUUUGUGGCACGAGUAUCGAGCGAUGUCGUCGUGCAGUUGCUGGAUGACCUUCUGGAGGACGGGGUUAUAAACGAUGGAGAAAAUGAAGCCGUGAUCAAGAAGAACAGCUGCACAGCUGAUAAGGCGCGCCAUCUCAUUGAUACUGUGCGAAUGAAAGGCCCAAAGGCCAGUGGGAAACUCAUUUCUCGGCUGUCGGAACGAGACCCCAACCUGUGCGAGCUCCUGAACCUGGCACCACCUGAGUCCCCAGCCCCGGCCGCCAAGCUGCCCCAGCAGGAGACCACCGCGGUGUCCCCGGUGCUGGUCCCCUGCACCGAACGGUUCAAGAGGGCCCUGCUGGAGAAGGAAGCGAAUUCGAUUUAUGUCCCGAAGCCAAAGGGUCAGCGCAGGCGCCUGGCUCUGCUCAUCAACAACGUCCAGUUCGACCACCCACCCUUGCUGAGACGCGGGGCGGAGAGAGACAAGGAGAAUAUGGAGAAGCUCCUCAAUGGCCUGGACUACACCGUGGAUGAACACAGCAACCUGUCUGCUCAGGACAUAGAUGAAGCUGUGAAAAAGUUCUCUCAGCGUGAGGAGCACUCGCAGUCGGACAGCGCGUUCGUGGUGAUCAUGUCUCACGGAAAGAGGGAUGUCAUCUGCGGCGUGCACUACAACCCCAACGAGCCUGAGAAGGACCUCUUCAGCAUCGACAACAUCUUCAGACACCUCAACAACCAGAACUGCCCAGCACUGCGUGAUAAACCCAAAGUCAUCGUGAUACAGGCCUGCAGGGGGGAUGAAAGCGGGUCCAUGUGGGCAUGUGACAGUGUGCCCAACCCCUCAGGUCUGGAGGACGAUGGGAUGAGGAUGCUACCCAAGGAAAGAGAUUUCAUCUGUCUUAUGUCCUGCACCCCCGACACAAAAUCCUACAGAAGCCCUGAGACGGGAACUCUGUUCAUCCAGAAGCUUGUGGAGACCAUCAAUACACACGCCCACAAGGACCACAUUGUGGAACUUUUCCGGAAGGUUAUGAAACAAUUUAAAGAUUCCAAAUGGCAAAUGCCAUCCGGAGACCGAUGGACUCUGAUCAAUAACUUCUACCUGUUCCCUGGACAGUGAGCCUCGGGUCCCUGCCUCCUCCUGCUAAUCAUGUCUUAAUCAGAUGAAGUGAUUAGUUGUUACAGUGGGCUUCUGAGUCCUGCGUCUAGGUCUGGUGUUCUACAUUUAAUCUCUGGUUCUUUUGGAAUAUUUUGCUGUCUUUUGGUUUCUGCAUUUUUUGACUACAUUGGGACAAAUAAACUGUGGGUUGAUGCCUUCUCUCAUUCAUUUCUUGUGUGCCUGUCCAUGUCUGUAGCCUUUGUUAAUUGUUUUAAGGUAGUUGAACCUCGUAUUUAGAUUAGACGUAAAUAUUUUUUGUAACUUAAUAAACUUCUUAAUUUUAAUAUGGUUUCGAGUUGUACAUUUUGAUAAAGGUUGAUCCAAACAGUUUGCUCUACCUAUCAACAACAAAUCUGACGAUUUUAUUGAUAAUUGAUACCAAAUUAAAUCAAAUAAAUAUAUUCUACAUGUUAGAUAAGUGAGGUGUUCUCACUGUCGAUGCACUUGUGUUCGGUAUUCAGAGUGCCGGACGUCAAACGAAUGUGUUAAUGGUUAAAACUGCUGGAUUCAGAAAAUAAAACAUUU